AUGCCUUCAGCCGAACCAGGUUUGAGGGCUGACUACCCUAAUCGUGAUGAUCGUUAUACUUUACGUCAAGACGAUCCCAGAAGAAAUAACGCCGAUUUGUCAGAGGGCGACGAUUUAGAGAGAUUUGACACUCGUAAAACUGAAGGCGGAUACGGUGAAGCCGAAGGCAACGCAGUUGAUAUUGACAAUGCUAUUGAACAAUAUCAAUCAGUACGCAGAGAAAUGACAGCUCAAUCGCGUAGAAAAUCAGCCGCAACACUUCCUGCUGCUGACGUUGAAAAGGGAGAUCAGCAAGAUUUUGAUUUGACAGAAUACCUUACCGAGCAAAAUUCGCAAAUUAUGGCUGCAGGUCUGAAACCGAAAAAUAUGGGCGUUAUUUGGAAAAAUUUGGUUGUGAAAGGUCUAGGUGCUGAUGCCAAAGUUAUCUCCACCAAUUUAUCCUGUCUUAUUCCUGUGCUUAAAUUCUGGAGAUGGGGCAAGCACGAAGGUCAUGAUUUAACCAUUCUGAAAGAAAACAAUGGUUUCUGUAAGUCUGGUGAAAUGCUUUUAGUUCUUGGUCGUCCCGGUGCCGGUUGUACUACUUUACUUCGUGUUCUUGCUAAUAUGCGUGCGUCUUACACGGAUAUUCAAGGUACUGUUACUUAUGGCGGUAUAGAGGCUGAGGAAUUUGGCAAGCAUUUCCGUGGUGAAGUCUGUUAUAAUGAAGAAGAAGAUCUUCAUUAUCCCACUUUAACAACUCGCCAAACCUUACGUUUCGCUUUGAAGAAUAAAACGCCUGGUAAAAGACUCCCUGGAGAAAGUAAGAGCGAGUUCAUCGAUAACGUUCUUUACAUGUUGGGUAAUAUGCUUGGUUUGACAAAGCAAAUGAACACAAUGGUUGGUAAUGCUUUCAUUCGUGGUCUCUCCGGUGGUGAACGUAAGCGUUUAUCCAUUGCUGAACAAAUGACUACUCGUAGUUCUAUCAACUGUUGGGAUUGUUCUACUCGUGGUUUGGACGCCUCUUCUGCUCUUGAUUAUGUUCGUUCGCUUCGUAUUAUGACUGAUAUUCUUCACAAGACUACAAUCUCCACUUUAUAUCAGGCUUCUGAUAGUAUUUUCCAUCUUUUCGAUAAAGUUAUGGUUUUGGAUGAAGGACGUUGUAUUUACUUUGGUCCCACAGCUACAGCCAAGCAAUUCUUUGUUGACAUGGGUUUCCAUUGUCCUGACCGUAAAUCCACUCCUGAUUUCUUGACUGGUCUUUGUAAUCAAAAUGAACGUGAGGUCCGUGAUGGUUUCGACGGAAAGGUGCCUAUAAAUUCUGUCCAAUUUGAAAACGUUUACAAGAAUUCUGAACUUUACCAACAAAUGAUGGAAGAGCAACGUGCUUAUGAAGAAGAAAUUAAUCGUGAUAAACCACAAGAAGCUUUCAGACAAGCCUUCCAUGACGCUCAUCAAAAAUAUGCUCCCAAACAGUCUCCUUUCCUUGCUUCCUACACUGAACAACUCAAGUCCCUUACUAUCCGUCAAUUCGAACUUGUUAUGGGUGAUCGUGGCUCUCUUAUUUCCCGUUACGGUGGUGUCAUCAUUAAGGGUCUUAUUACUGCUUCCGUAUUUUUCAAAAUGCCUGUUACAGCUAGCGGUGCCUUCUCCCGUGGUGGUUCUAUUCUUUUCUGUUUACUGUUCAAUGCUUUGAUCGCCCAAUCUGAAUUGUCAGCUUUCAUGCAAGGUCGUCGUGUAUUGGAAAAGCAUAAACAUUAUGCGUUAUACCAUCCUUCUGCCUACUAUCUUGCUACUGUUAUUGUUGAUAUACCUUUGGCCCUCAUUCAAGUCAUCAUUUUUGAACUCUGUGUCUAUUUCAUGAUGGGUUUAGAAGUUGAAGCAGGACGAUUCUUUACUUUCUUCAUUAUAACGGUCGUGACCAACUUAUGUAUGAAUGGUUUCUUCCGUUUUUGGGGUGCCAUCAGUCCUAAUUUCUUCACUGCCUCGCAAUUGUCCAGUAUUUUUUUGAUUGCUGCUUUAAUUUACUCUGGUUAUCAAAUUCCUUACAACAAAAUGCAUCCUUGGUUGUUCUGGAUCUAUUGGAUCAACCCUCUCGCUUAUGGUUACAAAGCUUUGAUUUCUAAUGAAAUGAGAGGAUUGCACUUCAGUUGUGAAGGCAUAAACUCUGUCCCUAACGGCCCAACUUACACUGAUGAACGUUACAAGACCUGUAUUCUUCCUGGUGCUAACCCCGGUGUGAAUUACAUUCUAGGUGAUGAUUAUUUGGAGUACAACUAUGGUUUUUCUGUCUGGCAACGUUGGAUCGACUUUGUUGCUGUUAUUCUAUUCUUCUUUUUCUUUACAAUUCUCACCUGUCUUGCUAUGGAAUACGUUGAUCUUCAAAAGGAAGGUUCUAUUACCAAGGUCUACAAGAAGGGUUGUGCUCCCAAGGAAGAAGACGAAGAAAAAAUGUUGAAUCAAACUCAAACUAUCCAAGAUCAAGAAAUGGAAGCUGUUACUGAAGGUACUACUUUCUCUUGGCAUCACAUUAAUUAUACUGUUCCUGUGAAAGGCGGCACUCGUCAACUAUUGAAUGAUGUUGGUGGUAUUGUCAAGCCUGGUAAUCUCACUGCGCUUAUGGGUUCUUCUGGUGCGGGUAAGACUACUCUUCUGGAUGUUUUGGCUCAAAGAAAGACAAUUGGUAAAAUCGAAGGUAGUAUUCUUUUGAAUGGUGAGCCACUUGGUAACGACUUUGAACGUAUUACUGGCUACUGUGAACAAAUGGAUGUCCAUAAUCCUAAUGCCACUGUUCGUGAAGCUCUCCGUUUCUCAGCUUACCUUCGUCAACCUGCUGAGGUUCCCAAGGAAGAAAAAGAUACUUAUGUUGAUCAAAUUAUCGAACUGUUGGAAAUGCAAAAGAUUGCUGAUGCCCUUGUCGGUGAUCUAGAAGCCGGUGUUGGUAUCUCUGUCGAAGAACGUAAACGUUUAACCAUUGCUACUGAAUUAGUUGGCAAGCCUAAGCUUCUCUUCUUGGAUGAACCUACCUCUGGUCUUGACGCUCAAAGUUCUUUCAACAUUAUUCGUUUCAUUCGUAAACUUGCUGACUCUGGCUGGCCAGUUCUGUGUACUAUUCAUCAACCUUCUGCCACUUUAUUCGAACAUUUUGAUCAUCUUUUGCUGUUGAUGCGUGGUGGUCGUACCGCUUACUUUGGUGAAAUUGGUGAAAAUUGUCGUACUAUGAUUGAUUACUUCGAAUCGAAUGGUGGCCCCAAGUGUUCUCCCAAUGCCAACCCCGCCGAAUACAUUUUGGAAUGCGUUGGUGCUGGAACUGCUUCUAAGGUUACUCAGGAUUGGGCUGAUAUUUGGGCUAAUUCUGCUCAAGCCAAGGCUCUUGAAGAAGAAUUGCAGGAAGUUGAUGCCGCUGUUGAUCCUCACCACAAACGUCAUGCCUCUACCUAUGCCCUUUCUUUCUUCCAACAAUUGAAACUUGUCUACAUGCGUAUGAACAUCUCUUGGUGGCGUUGUCCCACCUAUAAUAUGGGUCGUCUCUUCAAUGUCGUUUUCAUCGGUCUCAUCUCUGGUUUCUCUUUCUGGAAGCUUGGUAAUGCACCUUCUGAUAUGCAAAACCGUAUGUUCUCCGUUUUCACUACCCUUUUGAUGAGUAAUGCUAUGAUUAUUUUGGUUCAACCUCGUUUCAUGCAAGAAAGAUUGUGGUUCCGUCGUGAACAUGCCAGUAAAUACUAUGGCUGGGCACCUUUCGCUCUCUCGUGUUUGUUGGUUGAAAUUCCUUAUCUGAUCGUCUUCGGUACCAUUUUCUUAUUCUGUUUCUACUGGACAGCUGGUUUAGAGAAUACCUCUGAUCGCGUUGGUUUCUUCUACAUCCAUUUCAUCGUAUUCUUAUGCUACUCUGUCUUCCUUGGUUUCAACAUUGCCGCGUUCUCUUCUACACCUCCUAUGGCUGCCGUCAUCAAUCCUUUCUUCACCUCCAUCUUGAUUUUGUUCGCUGGUAUCAUGCAGCCUCCGAGUGGUAUGCCACAUUUCUGGAGUUCGUGGAUGUACUGGCUGGAUCCAUACCAUUAUGUGAUUGAAGGUCUGGUCGUCAAUUUAAUGGAUGGUGUUGAAGUUCGCUGUACCAAUGAUGAAUACCUUCACUUGUAUGCUCCUCCUGGACAAACCUGUGGUGAAUACAUGCAAACUUACUUUGAGAAUGGAGGUACCGGUUACCUCGACAACCCCAACGCUACUGGUUUAUGUAACUAUUGUCAAUACUCCAAAGGUAGCGAUUACUACGAAUUGAGGCUCGGUUGGAACAUCAACAACAGAUGGCGUAACUUUGGUAUUGUGUGUGCUUACACUGUAUUUAACUGUAUGCUAUUUUGCUUCUUUGUCUAUGUAUUCAGAAAGCAAAAACGUUAA